AUGCCGCUUGAAAGACCCAGGAGGCAGGUACGCCGGGCGCCCUAUUUGCCCGUGGGUACGGGCUUGCCGCGGCCCCCUGCUAGAUUGUGCUUGCCCAGCGUUCGUAAAUCGGCUGUAGUUGGCACUACUGAUUCUAAGGAUGAUCCAAUUGAGGCUCGUGCGCGUGCUGACACACUGCCGGUGAGGCUGGCGUCUGGCAAGCUUGGGGUUCAACUGGUGGGAACAGCUCGCGCAUCAGAGGAUCAGGAGCGUGCGCGCCUGGCAGGCAUCUGGGCAGGUUUUGCCAGGACAUUGGCGUCUUCGAGCGCUUCUGCUUGUGAUUUUUCAUCGACAUCUGCAAUGAGCUUGCGGCAAUUGUUUCUGGAUCGUGCACCUGCCACUCUACGCCGCCAUCUGAGUGGAUGGCGCUUGUGGGUAGCAUUUUGUUCUAUACAUGAUUUGCAGCCUGGUGCUCCGCCAAUAUCAGCUUUGCUUGAUUUUUUGGAAAGUUUGAGUGUUGGCGCGCUUGAAGACCGCGGUAAUGCUCGACAGCGCAAUGCUCUGGGGGUUUUGAGCGCCAUGACUUUUGCCGCUGCAAAGUUAAGUUUGGAAAGUUUGCAGACAUUGCUACGUGAGCCCAUGAUUCAGAGCUGGAAAAAAGGUGACAAGUGGAAGCGCAGCAGAGUGAAGGAAGCGGUGCCGAUACCAUUUUUUGCUUUAGAAAAACUUGAGCAGGUAGUCGCAGGUGCAAGUGGUGAUGAUCGAAUUUUACUUUGCGCCAUCUUACUUAUGGCCUGGGGUAGUCUGAGAUGGUCAGAUCUUCAACGUUUAGAUUUACAAUCCAUCACCUCGGAUGCUACCUCUAUCAGAGGGUGGUGUUGGCGAACCAAAUCCUCGGUUCGGGGUAUGCCUUGGGGUGUGUUACGCUGUGGCUGCGCUGCAAGCAAUUGGGGGGAUGUCCUCUUCAACGUGAUUUCUGAAAUUCGGGCGCAACGUCCUACGCAGGAUUUCUUCAUAGGGUGGAAUGGCAAACCCAUGCCUUAUACCAUCAUGCUGGCGCAGUUUCGGCGAUGCCUGGUCUUAGCUGCAGGGCUUGAACGCGAAGUUGCGUGGACCUUUUCGCUACAUUCUCUCAAAUGUACUUUGUUGUCUUGGGCAUUGCAAUGCAAAGUUGACCCAGUGGAGCGUGCAGCGCAGGGUCAUCAUAGGCAUCAUGGGUUUUCUCAGUGUGUGCAGCCAUAUAGUCGGGAUGAUGUCACCCCGCAACUUAACUGCCAGCGGGCACUGCUUAAAGUUUUGGAUUCGGGUUGGCGGCCUGGGGUUCCGCUGCAGCGUGGUGUUGGUUGCUUGAUGCAUGAGCGCGCAGGGCAAGAAUCGGAUACAGAAAGUGAUUCAAGUGGGAGUAGCUCUUCGAGUGCUGCGCUGAGUGAUUUGGAUAAUCAAUCAGAUUGUGGCAGCGAAAAUUUCUUGUCAGAUGCGGCGGAAUUUGAAGGGCCUUGGUUGCUGAACACAUUAUCAGGUGUGGCGCAUAAAGCAAUUCAUGUGGAUGGCAAUGAGGAUACUGUGUUCCUGGCUUGUCGCCCGGGUGCUACAUUGCACGCGGCUUUUGAAAAGCGAUCGGAUAAUCCUUGGUUUGAAGAGCGGUUGGCGGUGUUGGGCCGGGACUACCUGAGAGUGGGUAGCGGUCCGGGGCCGGGACUACCUGCGAGUGGGUGGGGCUGGGACUACCUGAGAGUGGGUAGCGGCCAAGGUGUUGGGCCGGGACUGCCUGAGAAGGCUGGAGUGAUUUCGGCAGUUGCGGAGAAAGUGGUGGAGACAUAUGCCAAUGAAACUGUUUUCCAAAGCUGUUUCCGCACCGAAACUGACUUGGACAAGUUCGCGAAGUCAGUGCUUCUGGGUAUGACUCCCCCUAUUGCCUCUGAAGAAGAUUGGAGUUUCCAUCCAGUGACUGGUGCCUUGCGUCGCGUGCGCGAGUCAUUGUUAGCUCCCAGCACGGUUGCUGCGCCGUUAUUGCCUUUGUUGCCCCUCUCGCAGCCGGCAGUUGCCAUUAGCCAUCGCUUGUCUGAAGCAGACAGGGAAGGUAUGAUCAAAAAAUUCGGGGACAAUUAUCCAGGUGUUCAUCUUCAUCCAGGUGUGCUGCCUGCUUUGCCAUAUCUUCAGAUGAUUCAGCAGCAGUGUAAAACGAAGUCUUGGGCGUGGACUCCCUGGAGAAAGGUUCUUUCAGAGGAAGCUAUGCAUGACGUGCAGUCUCGCCGCGGCGUGCGCAAGCGUGAUAUGGCUGAGCUUGUGGCUGAAGCGGCUGGCUUGUGUGAGGAUGAGUGGGAUCUGGAAUUGUUCAGCGCGCCGUUGAAAAUCUUUUAUCGUUUGUGUGUUCGCGCUCAUGCGUAUGCAAUGUGCUCGGUGGGACACCUGCAUUCCUGGAUGAAAUAUGUUAACCGCUUUCUUUUCCACUACACCAAGCGGCCGGGAACUGCUUUUCGUUUGAUUUCCCCCACCGAGGCAGAAGAGGCGGACAAGGAAGUCAUGGGCGAGGUCUUUCGCAUGGUGUACCAUGAUGAUGUCACGUUUGAAGAUGCUUUGGAUAGCGUUGUGCGUGAAGACUUAUUGCGGCACAAGCUGUUGCAUUUGCCCAAGGGGCCCACAAAGACCCCAGCCGCUGGCAAGCGGCUGCAGGACAAAGAACAGGGAGACAGGGUGCCAUUGAAGCGCCGAAAGGCAGAUCCGGCCGUUAAGCGCAGGAAGUGCCAUGCAUGGCAAAAGGAUGGCAAGUGUAGGUUUGGUGAUGAGUGCAAGUUUGCACAUGAGGACCGGGAGUACAAUAUGGCACUGGCAGCCAAAGGGAUGCCCGCCCAGAAGCAAGUUUUGAUCAGCAUUGUUGCGCAGAUUUGGCUCCUGCGAAAAGAACCUGUAGAUAGGUUGAAAUAUUUGCGCGGAAAGUUUUUGCAUUGGAUGCGGUCUUGGGGUGUUGUGCCCCGGCUUUUGAGGCAUAUUAGCGAAGGCUCAGAACAGCAUUUGUUCUCUGAAUCUGAGCAGGGGCAGCUUCAAGGUAGUCUUGCACAAGCUUUAGACACACUAGGUUUUCCUUGCAGCUGUGAGAUUCCAAUUCACCAGCCCUUUUUGCUGGACAUUUGGCGGGCUUUGACACGUGCAACUUCUGACAUGGACAAAGACUUGCCAAAGUUGUUGACAGAGGGCGUUCCCACUGGCAUUCUUUCCAAGAUAUCUGCAUCCGGUGUUUGGGAUGCAGUAGAAGAUUGUGAUACUGAGCUCGAGAAUGAAUUGUGCGUUCACCUUGUUCCCUGGAAAAGUGCUGCUGACAAUGUUGAGCUCGCGCGUGAAUUGUUCAUGAAAGAUGUUUCUGCUGGUUUUGCUUACAUUCUUCCUGGUGGUGCUGCUGAAGCAGUGCAGAAGUGGGGUUCGAAUGUUGCUGCCGGUCGCCUUGGCGUUGUACAAGCUCCGGGCCGUAAACCUCGGCUGAUUGGAGAUGGAAGUAUCAGCGGAGCAAAUCGAGCUUGCAUUAUUCCUGAGAAAGCGCGUCUUCCUGGCUUGAGCAGCGUGCAAAGAUUUUUGUCAGAGUCCGGGAGUGGUUCGGCCUGGGUUGCUCUGAGCUUUGAUGUUGCUUCGGCCCACAAGCUGAUUCGUGUCAAGCCUGAAGAACAGGGGCUCGGUUGUUUCGCGCUGGGUAACGAUUUUUUCGUUUACCGUUCGUGCUAUUUCGGUGCAAAGUAUUCGGCAUACUGGUGGUCUCGCGUGGGGGCCUGGCUAGUGAGGAUGUUGCACAGAUUUCUCUGGAUUUCUCACGCCUGCUUCCUUUACGUGGAUGACGGCCUGGUGUUGGUUCCUAAGGAUGUUGCUCCACUUCUUGCUUCGGCCUGCUUGGCCUUUCUGACUGCUUUGGGUGUCCCUUUGAGCUGGAAGAAGGUUAAAUUGGGGGACGAGCUAGUUUGGAUCGGAUGGCGUUUUUGCUUUUCAUCUGGUUACAUACAGUUGCCGGAUGACAAGUCGCAGAAAAUUCUGGAAGCGUUGAGCCCUUUUUGCACCAGUGGACAGAAGGUGGACCGCAAAACUGUUGAACGUCUUAUUGGUCUUUUGCUAUGGUACUCGGGUGGUGCUGUGCAUCUGCGGCCUUGGCUACAAGCUCUGUAUCAUCUGCUGUAUAAACCACUCUGCGUAUUCAGAUCAGUUACCCCCCAUCAGUUUGAGGUGCUGCGUCAACUGUUGGACACGAAGUUAGCUUUGACAGGUCACAUGGAAUGUUGCGAUCUACAGCAAGGAUGGGUGUUGCAUGCUGUCGCCAACUGCGCCGUGUCUUCAUUGGGUGCGGAUGCCUUAGUGUCUCCACGUUUGAAGCGAGGACAGGUAGAUUGUGUUUUCUACAACUACAGCAGUGUUUCUGUCCGUACAAAUUUGGCAUCCAUGUGGGCUUGCAAGCUUUUUUAUAAUGCUGUGGCUAAGCAUCAGUCUAUCCCCUUAAGACGUAUUGAAGAGUCGUUCAUACCUUGUGCAGCAGAUGCAUUUGCAACCGCAUCAGUUGCUGGUGUGGGUGGCUGGUGGGCGCCUACUGCAGAGAGUGCGCGCCAAGAUCAAGUUUUUUUGGUUCAGCAUUUCUUUGGGCAAGUGGAACUUGCCGGAAUGGCUCAUUUGUGA